GUAACUCUCAGUUCUUAGAACCGAUUUUAGUGAUAGCACACGUUUAUACAGAAUUACACAAAUAUCGAAAAAAAUGCCCAACUUUAAUGGGGCUAUUAUAGUGCACACACUUCAGUUGUUGAAAGCGCCGGCGACACUGCGAGAAAUAGUGGUAACCAUAGCCAAAAAUACGGAAUUAUCGCAAGAUGAGCUUAAAGAGCCUGUGAAACAAACCCUUGAAAUGGGCCAUCGCUUGGGAUUCCUGCAGAAACUCGACGGUCGCUACUUUUUGAUGAAUGUGACCUUCGAGACAUUGAUGUCUGAGAUGGAGGCCCUUGACAAAGAAGAAUCUCCGGAGAAGUCACUUAAAAAGAAAAAGAAAUUAAUACCCAAGACUCCUUUAUCGUCGGUCGCUGAGAAAAAAAUUAAUAAGAAGCCAAGUCAAGUCAAGACAACGGAACAGUUGGUAAAGUCAAAACCAACUGAAAAGGGCCGACUGCAGGACAUUCCUAGUUCAUCCACAAACAUAAGAAAAACGCCAUCCAAGCUGAUUAAGCGAACAGUUUUUAAGUAAGCCACGCAAAAGGAUAUUCGAACUUGUCAAAAAAAAAAAAAAAAAAAAAAAAACAUCCAAGAAACCAAUGCUACAUAUAUUUGUUACAGGAUAAAUUUCUUGUCCGUUCUAUUAUAAUAUUUGGCCCAAAAUAGGAAAAGAUAUUAAAAUCUUAUAAAAUUUCAUUAAAG